UCAGUUGAAGAGCACAAAGCCUGUGUACGUACUGCAGAGAUCACCUCUAGACAGAACCAGUUUGAUGUGAGUAGCAUUCGUACUCUAGCUGUAUUUUAUUUCUUACACAUACAAACUCUCCAGCCUGCAUAGCAAAAUACUAUAACAGACUCUGAUUUUUGCUCUCGGCAAAACCACAAAUAUGAGCGUAUCCAGAGAUGCAAAAGUUGUGGUGGUAGGUGCAGGAUUUGCAGGUUUGGCUGCAGCAGCCACUCUGGUACAGGCAGGAUUUCAGCACAUCAAGAUCCUUGAAGCUAAUGGACGAGUAGGAGGUAGAGUUUGCACGACUAAGCCAUUCACAGAGAACAUUAUUGAACUUGGUGCCAACUGGAUCCAUGGACAGAAUGGAAACCCUCUUUUCCAACUAGCAAAAGAUCACAAUCUGCUAGCUGAACGAUCUUCGAAAGACGAUUCUGAUGAUUACUUUUUUAAGGAGGGAGGGAAGCGUCUCACUGAAAAGCUUGUUGACCAGGUCACCUCUCUCUUUGAAGAACUCACCUCCAAGGCCUCUGAGUCAAAGCUGGAACGCAAGUACAGAAGCCUGAGUUUGGGGGAUUACCUUGAUGUUGCUUUUUCCAAGUCUGCUUUAGUAUCUUCAAAGGAUGGAGCAAGGAUUUUUGAGUGGUGCAAAAGAAACGAAUGCACAGACGAGGCAGCUUCUUCCCUCUUUGAAGUGUCUGCAUCUCAGAUUAGUGAAUAUAUUGAACUGGAUGGAGACUUCUAUAAUUCACUGGGCCCUGGUGGUUAUCAAGCAAUAUUAGAAGUCCUGUUGAAACGUUUGCCUUCAGGAAUGAUCCUGAGCAGUAAACCAGUGAAGAGCAUCCACUGGGACUUGAAGGAGAAAUCCCAGGGCACUGAGAGCAGAGAGAUGAGCCAUCCUGUGAAGGUGAUCUGUGAGAAUGAUGAAGUAUUUGAAGCUGACCAUGUAAUUGUGACUGUGUCUUUGGGGGUUUUAAAGCAACAGGCGGCAACCAUGUUUGAACCAGUUUUACCAGAAUCUAAGCUUGAUGCUAUUGAGAACCUCGGCUUUGGUCUGGUAGACAAGAUCUUCCUGUGCUUUAGUGAGAGGUUUUGGCCUGAAGACUGUGCUGGAAUACAACUUGUGUGGGAUGAGGGGCCUGAAGAUAAGUCAGUCUACACUUCUCAAACUGAAGGAGAUGACUGGAAAGAGACAUGGUUCAAGAAGAUCUGUGGUUUUGAUACUGUGGCCCGCCACCCUACAGUACUCUGUGGCUGGAUCACAGGCAGAGAAGCCCUUCAUAUGGAGACUCUUCAGGACAGUGAAGUGGGAGACACCUGUUUGAGACUGCUCAGGUCCUUCACCGGCUGGUCUGUUCCUGAUGUGUCCCAAGUGCUGAUCUCCAGGUGGGGUCAUGACCAUCGUGUCCUUGGCUCCUACACAUUAAUUCCGAAGGGAGUAAAUGGUGUGCACAAACAAAAAGAGCUAGCGGCACCUCUUCCUCCACAGAGUAAAGGCUCAGUUGGCAAGCCUCUGCAGGUGCUGUUUGCAGGAGAAGCCACUCAUGUGAACUUCUACACCACCACCCAUGGAGCCUACCUCUCAGGGGUCAGAGAAGCACAGAGACUCAUAAACCACUACUCCAAUAAGAGAAAAUGAGCCUAGAUUUUUAUGAUGGUAAUAAAUAAAAUAACAUUUGGAAGCAUGAUUUUUUUAAGUGUUGGUAACAGUCAGUAAUUAUGUUAAAGUAGAAUGAUCUGAUAGAUAAACUGACCUUUUUUUGUACGAUAUAGGACAAAUUCAUUCAUGUACUUUGACCAUUUUUUUUACUUCAAAAUAUGUAAAGUAAAUAAUUUUUCCUGUAUUCAGUAAAUUUAAUUAAAAUAUAAUAUUUACA